AUGAAGGUCUUCAACAUACUCGUCGCGUCCCUCUUGUUGGUCGGGCAAGUCUUCGCUGCCCCCACUGCAGACAUCAAUGCUACCAGCGAGGUUGUUGUUCGUGAGCCCCAAAGGGGUGGUCCCGGCAACGGUGGUCCCGGUCGUGGCGGACCAGGUAAUGGCGGCCCCGGUCGAGGAGGGCCAGGGAAUGGCGGGCCAGGACGCGGAGGACCAGGGAAUGGCGGCCCGGGACGUGGAGGGCCAGGGAAUGGAGGGCCAGGCAACGGGGGACCAGGACGUGGAGGACCCGGAAACGGAGGGCCAGGACAUGGUGGACCAGGAAAUGGGGGACCAGGACGUGGAGGGCCAGGCAACGGUGGCCCCGGGAAUGGAGGGCCAGGACGCGGCGGGCCAGGACACGGUGGACCCCCUCGUCAAGGACCUCCUCCCUUCUAUCCUCCCCCACAUCGCCCCCCUCCCAGCCAACCUCACUGCCCAAAUCCCCGCCAAGCAACGCCCUUCCUCCGAGCAUUCAACCUAGCUGGUACCAACCACUUCUACACGACAUCCAACGUCGAAAUUACCCGUGCGGCUGGCUAUAAAUCAGAGGGCAACGCCGGGAAGAUCUUCACCAACCAAGUUCAACAAACCAUCCCUCUCUACCGCCUGUACAGCACAUGGGGCAUCAAUCACUUCUACACCACCAACGCUCAGGAACGCGACACAUAUGUGGCCUACUACGGGUAUGUCUCCGAAGGCGUCGCUGGAUAUAUCUUCCCCUGGCCAAUCUGCAAUAGCGUGCCGCUAUAUAGGCUGUACAACCAGGUCGUUCAGGACCAUCUCUUCACCACCAACUACAAUGAGAUCCAGGCUGUCCAAUUUCUUGGGUUCGUGUACCAGGGCAUUGCUGGUUAUGUUAUUGCUUAA